GAUCCCCCCUCCUCCCUGCACUGCAGCCAACCGGCUUGUGCGCGUCCCUGGAGCGAGCUAUAAAACCUGCGCUGGUGGCGCUGGGAAGAGGAGGCGACCGCCAGACCUGGAGGGAGGCAAGCGGAGCCAAUCCACGGCUAAGACAGUCUCGUUCUGUGAAAGCGGGAGGGAAAAGCCUGAGCAUGCAGAGUGUGCAGGGGAUGAGUCUCUGUUUGCCCAAGCGGUGCCUUUGCCUGGCUGUCCUGCUCCUCCGACUCCUGGGACAGGUCUCUGCGACUGAGCCCUGUCCCACCCCGUGCCCGGCGCAGUGCCCGGAGACGCCGCCGACCUGCGCCCCCGGAGUGAGAGCGGUGCUGGAUGACCGCUCGCGCUGUCUGGUGUGCGCCCGCCAGCGCGGCGACAGCUGCUCCGAGACGGAGCCCUGCGAGGAGGGCCGUGGCCUUUUCUGCGACCGCAGAGCGGACCCCAGCGCCCGAAGUGGCAUCUGCAUGGCGAUAGAAGGAGAUAACUGUGUGUUCGAUGGGGUCAUUUAUCAAAGCGGAGAGACCUUCCAACCGAGCUGCAAAUACCAGUGCACCUGCCAAGAUGGGCAGAUUGGCUGUGUGCCCCGCUGUGAUGAAGACCUACUGCUGCCACAGCCUGACUGCCCCGCUCCACGAAAAGUUGAAGUGCCUGGAGAGUGCUGUGAAAAGUGGAUCUGUGACUCAAAUGAGACAGAGGCGUUAGGGGACCUGCACGCCCUGCCAGCUUACAGGACAGAAGCCACCCUAGGAGUUUCAGUCUCUGACUCAAGUAGCAACUGCAUUGAACAGACCACGGAGUGGAGCGCGUGUUCCAAGAGCUGUGGCAUGGGCUUGUCUACCAGAGUCACCAACAGGAAUCCACAGUGCGAAAUGGUGAAGCAGACUCGCCUCUGCAUGGUGCGGCCCUGUGAACAAGAGCACAAGCAACCAGCAGAAAAGAAAGGAAAAAAGUGUCUCCGCACCACGAAGUCACUCAAAGCCAUCCACCUGCAGUUCAAGAACUGCACGAGCCUGCAUGCCUACAAGCCCAGGUACUGCGGGGUCUGCAGCGAUGGCCGAUGCUGCACCCCACACAACACCAAAACCAUCCAGGUGGAGUUCCAGUGCUCCCCAGGGCAGGUCAUCAAGAAACCAGUGAUGGUCAUCGGGACCUGCACCUGUCACAACAACUGUCCUCAUAACAACGAGGCCUUCCUCCAAGAGUUAAAGCCAAACACUGGCAGAGGGAACAUGUAACAUGGGUCCGCAGAGAAGCAUACCUACAGAGGCAAACUGUAGCUACUGCAUGGCCUACCAUCGAAAGAAUAUAUGAGAAACUACGAGAAUUAUUAUUUCACCCCUGAGUCCUAUGUAUUUUCUGUGGUCAUAUGAGGUCGGUUAUAUCUGUUUGUUUGUUUGUUUGUUUUUAAUGAAAGAUAUGAUUAACUGUAAACUUGGAAUCAAGGUAAGCUCAGGAUAGUGCUUAGGGAUGACUUACUAUUCUAUAGUGUUUACUAUAAAUGAAAAUUUCUAUAAAUUUAAGAAAUCAAAUAUAGGUUUCGCUGUGUAGAUUAUCACAUUACACUCAUCUUAUUUUGUUAUGUGCUAGUACCAUUUCAAGAAAAUGUCACUGUAAUGAAUGACACAGUGAAGUCCAGAAUCAUACUGACCAUAUCAUCAUACAAAUAGUUCACCAUAUAUUGAGGUUUGACUUCUGGGGUUUCUGUUGAGCUUUUUUUGAGUAGCUCAAGCUCUGAUCUUCCAAGUCCAAGGUCUGUGGAAACAUAGCUCUUCAACUUGAAACCUAGAGACUGUUAGUUCUUUGUUUAAUUGUACCCUAGGAAACAAGUUGUAUCUACAGUCAUGAAAGGUUUGUUAAUUAAGUGGGCUGGUGUCACAAACUUGCUCCAUUUCAGACAAACUGACUCCUUUCUAAUAGAAAGAAGCCAAACAGAAAACUCCCCCUAAUACAGAGAUGAUGAUGAGCAGCCCCCACCAGCCCUCACACGUUUGUAUGUGCUGGAGGCUGCUGAGGCUCGCUAGUUUUUUUUGUUGUUGUUUUUUUUUUAAAUUCAGAAGAAGCAGAGCAUGUCAGCAAAGAUCCUCUCAUCUCACUGAUGAGUGAACCGUGGCCCAAAGCACCUGAUUACAACCCUUGAUGACUUUCAGAUUUGCUUGUAGUGAAAUUUUGAAAAAGAAGGAGAAAACCAACAUAGUGUGAUGGCAUACUGACACAGGUUUUAUGGGGGUUUACAAUUUAUUAUAGACCUGCUCAUAACUAAUCCUUGGGCCCUAAUUAUGCACAUUCACAAACGAGAUAUGUGUGUAUACAUAUGUGCAUCUAAUUUGUCAGGCUAUGAGGUAGGGUGCAAAUGUAAAUGCAUACAUUCUUCUAAUGUCACCAUAUGUGUUCAACCUUUCUCCCUUAAAGUAUUUAUAUAAAUGUAAAUUAUACAUUUUUAAAAAAUCUUUUUACUUUCUCUACUUGUCAGACAUCACUAAAUAAACACGAUCUUAUCCAUG